CCUCUGCCGGGAACACCAGUAACUACAAACGUAAACAAACUGGCUUGCGGGCGAGGUUUCAGCUAGACAGCCCUGAGAAAGUCAUCAGACAAGUAACAUCCUUAAACCACCGCCAAAGGAAUAAGGAUUUCAGAGCAGAAUAUUUGAAGACUACCGCUGUGUGAAGUGUGUUUUAUAUUCCGCCAGAUGGCUUCUCUGGAGGACCAGUAUCAGAAGGCCUUGAGGCUUUACCAGGAGGACAGUGCCCAUGACCCAGAGUCUGAGCCUUACAAAUCCAAAUAUGCUGCCAGGGAGAUAUUUGAGGAGUUGAAAUCUCGUCUAAGCAAACAGUUGGAUGAAGAUGAUGUGGAUGAUGCUGCAGAGGACCAGCUAGUUGAGGAAGGAGUUGAUGGUGUAGGUUUGACAAGGGCACGCAUGGCUGCUGUAGUUUAUCACCUGGGUGUUAUUGCUGUAGAGACUGAAGAGCUGUCAACAGGAGAGGAGCACCUGAAGAGAGCCCUUAUCAUCCUUGGAGAUCAUGAGGGAAUUGCCACAGGUGUGUCCUCAAUGAAAGUUGGGAAUGAGGGAGUGCUUUCAGCAGCACUGUCAGGUGAUGUAGAUUCCCUGCUGUCCAGCUCUUCCAGCGAAACUGUGUCAGUCAGUCCUGCCACCAUAAGUGCUACAAGUGUUGCAUUGGCCAUCAGUUGCCACAACCAGCUUGGCAUUCUCUGGUCUCAUAGGAAUGUGUUUAGCACAGCAAGACGUCAUUUGGAUCGUGCCAAUGUAAUUUAUGAAGAGUAUCAGAAGCAGAAUGCAAGUUCACCAAGAACAAUCCACAGCUUGUUCUCUGCUUGUACGGAGGGAGACCCAGAUGAAAACAGUGGUACAGCUGCCUUGGAGAAACUGCAUACCCUUACAUUUUAUUAUCUGGCACAGGUGUUUGGACAUCUUGGUAUGCCAGAAAAGUCAGCUUGGUACUGUCAUUCUACUCUUCAAAGGCAGUUGGCAAGCAAAGACUAUGACCCAGUUGAAUGGGCUAUCAAUGCAGCCACUUUGUCUCAGUUCUAUCAAGGCAAAGAGAAGUUCAGAACGGCAAGACAUCUGCUGGCAUCAGCCUCAAAAGUGUUAUCCAGCCAUGAGGCAGAAUUUGACACCCAGCAAGCAGAGUCAGAGGAAACUGCUUCAAAACAGGAAAGGUACAAACGGCGUUGUGCUGACGUAGCCCGGUGCUGGGGUAGAUACUGUCUCCUGCUGAUGCAAGUAUCAGUUGACCGUGCCAUUCCUGAUGACCCGCAGGAUGAGCCCAGUCAAGAACAGGAACCAGAAGAAGAAUCUCUGGACAGACAGCUAGAAUUCGUGCAACUAGAAGUGAGUGAUCUUGAAUCUGAGGUUGUAUCAGCACCAGUAAGCACCUUUGAAGAAAUGCGUCCCCUGUUUUUGUGUGGCUUGAGGCAUUUUACAGAGGCUCGGCAGUAUUACAGCCUUGAGGACCAUGCCAGUGACCAUGUUAGCAUCACCCAGGACAUGAGUCAGCUGUAUAAAGCUCUUGCAUUCUUUGAGCCAAGUGAAGACAGAAGAUCCAAGAUGCACAAACGAAGGAUUGAUCUCUUAAAAAUUCUCGUCCAGGAACUAAAUCCUCAGUAUUACCUUCAUUUUAAACCUCUUCCUGGAUGCAGAAGUGGAGAACAGCCAGAGAAAUACUCAGAGGAUUCCGUAAGGCCAGCACUGAUUGCUUGGUUCCACUUGGGUCGUUUAUGGUCGAAGCUCGUUUCUUCGUCCCCCCAAAGCCGACUCCAGAAUAUUGCCCACUCUCUCCAGAAUUACAAGAGGGUAGUGGCAUACUGUGAAAAAAAUCCAGACUGUGAAUCGGUUGUAGCCCAAGAAUUGGCCAUUUGUCGGGAAAUGGUCCAGCUCUUGCCUCUGAAGAUGGAGCAGAUCAGGGCUCAGUGUUGAUAAACUACCAGACUCUUAGGAAACCAAAGAACUUUGAUUUCAUUAAGAAUUUUGCAGAUAUGGUUGUUAUGUGAAAAGUGCAUAAAUGUGGUGAGAACAUUACAAGUUGACAUUCCAUACUGGGGAGGUAGUGAAUUUGUAUUAGAAGUUUGUUGUUUCAAACUUUGUUGUUAAGUAAAAGAGAUGUGGUUCUGUUGGGAUGCAAUGAUAAAAAGUUAGAUUUUACAAAGAUAGCACUUUAUACUUGAUCAUUACAUUUUAAGUUAAGAGAUAUAACAAGUAAAAUUUCAAGGUAUAAAGAUUUUGAUGACCAUGUAAUACAUGGCAAGUUACAACCCAUGAGAAACACUUAGCUGAGCAUAGGAUUUUUUUCAGCAUCUUUUACCCUAUACGGAAGAUUAGUUGCAGAAUAGAUACAUGAUGUUAAAUAUGUGAUAUAUAAUGCUUGCUGUAAUUCUGUACUGAUCAAUAUACUGCUUAAGUGUGAUUUAAUAUACUUCAUCUUGAGAUUUUAGACAAAUAUAUCUUGCUGUUUGGAUAAGCAUAACUCAAAUUAUGUUAACUUAAUAUGUGGUAAUGAGUUUUAGGUACGAGUUAUCUGUAUUUUGUAGCUAUAAAGUAGAAAAAUUAUAUAUUAUAGCUAUUUUUCAAGAAAUUACAUGAAAAUUCUAUCAAGCUGCUGUAUAGAGGCGAGGGGAUAAACAAGUGUGUUUUCACCAUUUACCUAGAAAAAGCUAUUUUUGUGAUUUUUUUCUAUAUAUUCUGCUUCUGUUCAGAUAUCUGUUAUUUCCAUUUACAUAACUUUUUUUUAAUAUACCAAGUAUAUAUUUUCAUUUGGCUGUUCAAGGCCAUGAAGGCAUUAUGAGAAUACCAUUGUAUGCAUUGGUCAUUUUUGCAUUUGAUCAAAUAGAAUUACUUUCAAGUAGCUGUGUAAUGUGUGACAUACAUAGAAAAGGUGAUCUUUGAAAGGUAGUUCUUGUAUAAAUGAGGAAGAUGAAAUAAAAAGCCUUUAUAAAUUAUAGGGUUCUUUUCAACUUCUUUGCUUGGGUUCAUUAAACAGUUUGCAAACUCAGUAAGUAAGCAGUUAGGUUGACUACUUAUAUGAUCAUGUUACUUGCUUUUUAAUUAUCUAAUUUAUAACUAUUUAGCUCUGGAAACUACACUAUAGUAGAACAUGCUUACAUUUAUACUACUGUGUAGAUGGUUUUAAUCCAGUUGUACCAGUUGACAUCUAAUCAGGUUAUGGUGAACUUGGUCUAAAUGCAAGAUGGUAAGUAUCCACGCCACAGACAGCUGUCUGCUUUUAGUUGUGUGUUAAACAGCUGGUUGCAUGUCUGGCCCUGUGAUCAUGGAGGAGAUAUAGCCCCUUAAGCAUAGGUUUAAUGUCUCUUUUAAGCCUCAACUGUGUGUGCCACAGCUUAAAGCAUAAAGAACAGGGUAUGUGUAUGUUUCCGUCACUCCUAGUUUUUCACUAGAACAGCUGACUACAAUGCAUGGCACAUGGCUCAAUAUGGUGUGCAGAAAGCCUGUCAUCAGUGAGUUAAGUAAAGCAAGAUACAGAUGGUGAGCUACUUUUAAGUGAAAGAAAAAGAAUAAAAGAAAAUAUCAAUAACUUCCAUGUGUGAAAGUCCCAAUACUACUUGCUCUCUGGUUGUAAUUGCAUGUGGAGAUGUGUAAAGUCAGUGAUUAUGCAGUUUGGCUUUUACUAUAAGUAACUCUAAAGGAAAAGAGGGUAUGCAUAAAGUCAGCAAUUUAGAUACCUUGGAAUAUGACUCUCUGUAUUUUGUAAGGAUACUGUAUAUUCCUCUGUGCGUGUGUGUGUGUACGCACACGCGUGCACUUGUGUGCAUGCUUGUGUGCACAUGUGUGCAUGCUUGCCUGCCCGUGUAUAUGUGAGUGCAUGUGAGUUUUUACAAAAUCUUUCAGAAAGUAUGCAUGGAAAUUUGUCUACAUUCCUAUUUUUAUGAAUCUCCUCAUGAUCUCCCACUAAUUGUGUGUAUAUGGCACAGAUUGAUAGAGAGUAAGAAGGAAAGUUACCUUCUUUUUUUUUUUCUUUUUUUUCUGGUUAUUCAAGCUGUGAACACUUUGUGUUUUUAUGUGUAAUUUUUGAAUUCCCAUCAACUUUCUCAUAUCUAGUCAAGGCAUUCAAUAGAAAGUUUUGAUGUAAACAAAAGGAACUAACACAGUGACUAGUUUUGUCAAACGAAGAUCAUACCUUUCUAAAAAUUGUGUGGAAAUAAGAAAAAGAAAUAAAGUAAGUUGUUCACAGCCAUUUCUACCAACUUGGAAGAGAUGGCAGAGGUUAACUUAUUGUAAAUUGUAAUAUUUUGCCACAAUGUAUCUUUCAUCACCACUAACAGCUUUAUGUUUGCAAAUGAAUUGCAAAUAUUCAUGCUAUUGUAUACAGUGCUGAUCUGCAUCUCAUUGGCCUCUGGCUCUCAAGAAAGUGAUUACCACAUAGUUCAAGUUCAUAUGAGUAUUAUUAAUUAUUCAUUGUGUGAAUGCAUUCACCAUACUCAAACUGCAUAGAAAACAUUAUCUUUACACAGUGAUCACUCUUUGAUACUUUUAUGAUGACUGUAGAGGUAUGUGUAGAGAAUCACACUGACAUUUAAAAUCUCAUGCCAGAUGUAUUCAGAUUAUGAUAGAAAGAACACAUAAGCAAGAAUUAUUAUGUCAUUCCUAGUUCAUUUAGCAGAAGAACUAUGCUUUGUGCUUAAAAGUGUACAUCUAAAUUUAGAAUAAUUAUCAUUUUCACAUUCCAUCUCUUACAAAAUAGAUCUGUUACGUAUGGUAAGCAUUCAGAUUAAACUGCUUGUAAUAAAGUUACGUCAUCAAAUAUUGACUGUUACUCUUACACUGAUUUUUUGCUUUCUAUUUGCCAUACUUUUUUUUUUUUUUCCACAGUUUUUUUAUUAGAACCACUUCAGACUUUCAUUAGUCAGAACCCUAGUAAAUAUUAGGGAAUAACCCAGAAUAAAGAAAUAAGCAUGCCAGAGUACAUAGACCUACCAGAUAUUGGCCAGUGUUACACAUGUAACACAUGUGUUGUUUGAAUCAUUUGCUUCAUACCUGUGAUUGUUAGUUAUAAGUAACUAGAGAUCUCACUUUGGAGUUUCCUUUUAUUGUUUUGAUAGAUGUAAAUUUAAAUUAAAGUCUAGCUAGUGAUUAGAUGUACUUAAAAUUUACUUAUAAUAUAGAAGCUAAAGGAAGUGUCUUCUGAGUGUAUGCUUAAUAGAAAAAAUAACAAGAAAAAUUGCAGCCACAAGCUUUUCUUUACAUCCAACUACACACACACACACACACACACACACACACACACACACACACACACACACACACACACACACACACACACACACACACACACACACACACACA